AUGCAGGAGGCACGGAGGGCGCACCUGAACGAGGAGGCCGGUCAGAUCCUCGCAAUGUUUUACCCAAUCCACGAAGACUUCUCACCCACCGAAACCGUCUUUCGCGUCAACAUCUACUGCAACCUACGCGCAUUUCAGCUGAGAGGAAUGUCCCUUGUCCCGGAGCCUGGCACGCCCAUCAUCAUCUCCUUCGCCGAUUACGAUACCGAUGGUGCCACGCAAAGGCAGCAGAAGUCGCAGCAUUUCUAUGCCGGAUUCGUCAUCGAAGACCAUGCCGAGGCUCCCAGCAUUGCUUUCUGUGCUGUUGUUGAAGGACGACCAUUCUGGAAGUUUGGCAAGCAGAAGGUCUCGGUCACGAUUCAGCUCGGAGGGGAGGAUCGAGCAACUAUGCGCCAAUACAACGCAUUUGAAAGCGCAUCGAAAGGCCUUUCGCAGAGGGGUGGUGGCGUUGACUGGGAUCGCUUUCUACUUAACUGUAUGUCCCCCGAUUGGCAUACUCAGCACAACUCAUGGGCCCGCUCCAUGGCAGACUAUCCGGGCCAGAAAGAAGAGUUUUUCCAGCAAGCAGAGAAAGUUUUUGGUCUUGAUUCCAAGCAGAUGGAGUUCACCAAGCAGUUCCUCGAGAACGAUUCUGGUGUGUCAGUCCUCUUUGGAGCUACUGGGAAUGGAAAAAGCUUCACUGUUGCUGUCGCACUCAUGCUCUACCUGACUACAAACAAGAAGUUUCGCAGAGGUCUCAAGGAACUUGGCAACCAUCACCGUAUCCUGGUGACUGCGACAUCAGAUCAGGCCACUGAUGACCUUCUGCGUAUGUGUAUCGAGCUCGACCCUACCCUCGGCAACCAGCAUUUCGUCCGUUUCAAGGGCGGCGGCAAGAUUGGCGCAAACCUUUCGGGCCAGGGCAACGUAAUCGAGAUCGAAGUUGGAGAAGAAGAGAGAAUCAAACGUGAAAACAUCGAGAAUGCGUACUGGCACAUGAUAGAUAUCGAUGCCCGCAGCGGCCAGUCAAAGUUGAGGAGCGAUCUGAAGAAAUUCGACUUUAUCCACGACUUCCACAAGACUAUUGCUAGCUGGAGCCAUGACCAUCCACAAGCUCGGAUCGUCGCUAUCUACAACGCAUUCGUUGGCGGUCUCAUGAAGGAGGAGUACUCAAGAGCACAAAGAGCAAAGUUAUUCAACAAGAAGAAGGAGCUUGAGAGGACUUUGUACAAGGCCUACUUCCAUGAAGUUGAUGCCGUGUUCGUUCCCUUGAUCGGUGCCAGUCACCCGAUUCUGGAAGCCUUCUUUGAGCCGACACUUCUGGUAAUCGACGAUGCCGCCAUAGCUGUGCUCGGCGACCUCUUGACCCCUGUCAUUCCUCAUCUGACCAGCCUUCAGCAUGUCAUCAUAGCUGGGGACCCAGUCCCUGUGGGAGGCAGAGCACUGAACAAAGGACGAAACGAGUUUUUCGACCUGACCGACAAGACCCUGAUGGUGCAACUGUUCUUGGACGAAUAUUGCCAAUCCGACAACUGCAUCACCGAGCUCGAUCAGCAGCACCGCAUGCAGCCUGAGAUCUUCGGACCACUCAACCAAACUUACUACCACGGCAAGGUUCUCGACACAGCAUCAGUCAACGAAAAAGAUGCAGUGAGCAUCACAGCUCAAGAGUACUUCAGAAAGACAUUUGGUGCUGCCUAUGCAAACGGCAAUCGAUUUGGCGUCGACUUCAGCGAUCCUAAGAAUGCUUCAAAAAACUGGAGAGCGUCGAAAUCACCUUGUAACCAUGCAGAGGCCACCGCCAUCGUCGAUAUGGUCCAAGGCCUUCUCAGCCACAAGCCUCCGAUCGGUGGCCGUCAAAUCGAGCCCAGAGAUAUCCUCAUCAAUACCCCUUUCGCCGGUCAGGAAACCGAAAUUCGCGUCCGUCUGAUCAGAAAAGGUAUCAUCGGCACCACUGAUGACAACAAAAUCCGCGUCGCCUCACCCCUCAACGCAAGAGGUCAGGAAGGAAACGUUCAGUUCAUCUCCCUAUGCCUCAACGAUCCUGCAAAGCCCCUGAGUACGGAGUUCAUCGCCGAUAGGGAGAUGUUGAACAUCAUGUUCUCUCGUGCCAAGCACAUGCAGAUUGUCGUGGGUAACUUUCGCCCCUGGACCACUGCUAUCAAGAGUAAGGCUAAGGGAUGGGAGGGUGCUAGUGCCAAGAAGGCACAGCGUUACGAGUUUGUUGAGGUUAUCAAAUCGUUCUGGCCUUGA